AUGUGGAUAGGAUCAUUUAUUGAAUUAUUGGAACACUAUCCACUAAUUGAAACAGCACCACGAGUCGAUAUUUACAUGACACGUAAUCGAAUCUGUGGAUGGCUAUGGAAUUUCUUCUUUGGAGUUCAUAACGAACAUUACCAUAUGAUUCAUCAUUUGUUUCCGAAAGUUCCUCAAUGGGAAUUUCAUUCGGUACAUUUAAUUCUGAUGCAAGAUCCAAUCUAUGCAAGUUUACAUGAGAAAACUGGUUGGAAACAUUUGUUGAAAGAAAUUAUUGAAGUAGAUGAUUUAACUACAAUGAAUGAAUAG